AUGCCCUUCUUUCGAAUUUCCCAGAUGAUUUACCUUGCGGGCACUGUUGCAGUCUCUGGCUUCGAAACUGAAGAGAUAUGCUAUAGGCAGGAUGUCAUAUUCACCGUGCACAGCGAGUUGCUUCAGAAGUGCGUCAAGAAAUUGCUGUUGCAAGUAUAUGUGUACGAAAUCCUCAAGCUAUACCGCCACAAGUUGCCGGGGACCAUGGCCAAAGCCUCAACCACAGAAAUUUGGCUGCAGCAUUGGAGGGGAGAAGGACAGUUCAGUAGCAAAAUUUCAUGCUUACCUGUGGAGGGGAAAUUUUGUUUAGUAUAA